UCAUUCAACGGUAGUUUAACAAACAGUUCACAGUUUAAUGGUAUUGAAGAGAACCAUGAAAGGUGCCGUGCGUUUGGCUGCCUUGCUGGAAGCGGUGCUACUGCUGUCGUCCCUAGCUGGAGCUCAACAGAGUCAAUGUCCUUCCCUCGGUGGAAUUACCAAUGGAUUCAUCACUUACGCUCCUGACAACACAUCUGACUAUGAUUUGGGAACUGUGGCCACUUAUGCCUGUGACACAGGGUUUGUUCUGGACCUCUCUCUAGGGGGAUCUGAGAUGAGAACUUGCGUGGAUGGCUUUUGGAAUAAUCAAGAACCUUCUUGUAUUUUUAUUGUCACAAUUGGCUUUGUUGAGCCUUUUGUCGUGAUACCUGAAAAUGGCGGCGGUGCUGGUCUCAAGGUGGCGGUCCUCUCUGGCAUGCUAGACUCCGAGGUUCGAUUGCAGUUCACCACUCGAGACGGAUCAUCUGUGGCUCCUUCCGACUAUACCAGCAACACUCAGACCCUUGUGUUUAACUCUGCCAUCUCCUCUCUUGAUGUCACCGUUCUCAUCAUCGAAGAUGAUGUCGAUGAGCUUAACAAGAGCUUCUUUGCUGACUUGUCUCUACUCACUGAUACAGACAGAGUCACCAUUGCUUGAGCAGUGUCGACCAUAAUCAUUUUGGAUGAUGACGUUUUGAAAAUUGGCUUUGAACGUGAGAUGUACCUGGUCGACGAGAACGUUAUUGGAGAGAUCUGUGUCAAGAUAACAGACGACUCCCCCUCCCUUGAUCGUGAGGUGGACAUCACCAUCCGCAGCUCAGAUGGAACAGCCAACGGUAUGUGAAUCAGCUUAGUGAGCAAUGAUGGUGGUGCACAGAAGGUUUUAUUGUAUAUAGAUACAUCCAGAGCCGUAGCCAGUCAGGUUUUGACCUGACCACUGUUUUGAGGCAAAUAGGCAAUUUAAAUUGAGCAUACACCCUACAUACAGCACACCUCCAGGUCAAGAGUUGUGACAUGAGUCUUGACAACCCUAUAGAGGCAACAAAAAUCGUUAUGGUCGUCGUUACUGUAAACAAACGAGUUUUGCAAGCAUGCGCUUGCUAAUGCCUCUCGCCAUGUUUUUGCUUUCGCUAGAGUGUUAUAGAAGAGGUAAAUAAUUUGCAAUGUGCUUUGAUCGUUUCACAAGAAAGGGGUGCAUGUUCACAGUUACUAGUGUAUACUGAAAUAAUGGCCUGUAGCCAAACAGUGGGAGCAAACCUUUGUCAAAGGCACAGACUACGAGAGAAUUUAAGCACAGACAGUAUAAUAGUAUAAACAAGCAGGAAGUGUGUAUCUAUCUAUAUUAGGCCACUGUUAGUUGCAUACUUGUUUCAGAUGAGAAUACUAGCUGGACCUAAUGCGGGAGGGCGGCCUUCAUUACUCAUUACAGUAGAACCUCGCUAAUCCGAAUAGAGCGGGACCACACCCCAUCCGAAUACAUGAAAUUUCCGGAUUAACAGAUGUCAUUAAUUGAUUAUGAAUAUCAUUAACGAAGACACUUUUGUACAUUUAUUAUGAUAUUACUGUGGCCAGAAGGGAAGCUGCUAGCUAGAAUAGUCUUUAUCUCUCCAAUAAAAUUAUUGCUGAUUCAGCUAAGCAAUUUACAUUGUGUAUGCGCAUGUAGGGCCACUAAACAGGAACGCCACUAAACAAGAACAACCGGAAAUGUAGUCAUUAAAUGGGCGUGGUUAUUGUGAGGUCAUUAUUAUACGUGUGGGCUAAUUAUCUAACUUAGAAUCAGAGUAAACUCUUCCACAGGUUUGUGCGACAUGGAUGCAUUCUUGGUGCAGCUGAUCGAUCAAGUAGCUAGAGAGUGUCACUGUAGUGUAGCUGUACUAGCUACAUAGAGCUUACUAGCUAUAGAAAUGAAUUUUGUUGUUGCUUUAAUUAACACAUUACUAGUACUGGUACGUCUAGUUAGUUUUGGGAAGGAAGAUGCUCCUCUUUUAUUUAUAAUUACAGUAGACUGUCACUAUUCCGGCUCUCUGAAGUACGGCCACCUCGAUAUACCGGCCAUUUGGCUUGGCACGGAAUGCUAGCUAUAUGUUUACUGCACAAAACUCACCCUGAAGUACGGCCACUCGCUAUUCCGUUUACCGGCCAGUGCUGGCUGUCCCAAACAAGGUUUUCAAUGUAAUUUUAUACGUAUAUUACGGCCGGAUAUGACGUUUUGGGUGUGGUUUAGCAAAUAAAAUUGGAUUACACUUAAAUAGAGAACAGAAUGAUUCAUUAUCCUCGAGACAAGAACCGCAAAAGUAGUCAUUAGAUUCGAGGCAAGGUCGUUUUUAAGCCGCGGCUAUUUCCUGAGCUACAGCCACCUCGCUAUUCCGGCCAAGCUGCAUGGUCACAAGGGUGACUGAAUUAACGAAAGUCUACUGUAUGCAUAAUAAGUCACCUGUGGUUGAGUUGCACAGCCUGUUUCUUGGCUUCUAGGGUGUGUUCCUGUUUAGCGUAAACCCUCACACUAAACAAGAACACCUCACUAGGAGCCAGAGAUACAUGCUGUGCAGACGUCACAAGCACAGAUUGCCCUACACCACCAUUAGAGCACUUGUGAACUCCUAGCAGCCCUUAA